CGAUUCGUCUCCUGUGCAGCCAAAGCGACAGCUGUCAAAGUCGCAGGGGCUCCUGUGAGCCAGAACCUAAAAGGCUACGUGUGCCUCCUGGCCAUUCAAAUUGUCAGGUUUAGGGACAGAAGUAUCCAAACCACAAGUUCUCAGUACUGUAUGAAAAAUGGCUCCUUGCAAGUCAAAGGAGUACACUCAGCACAGCGGCAGCGCCGGCAGCUCCGCCAGCUACCACCCGCACCACCCUCACCCGCACGCCCCGCCGCCACCGCCGCCUCCGCCGCCGCACCUGCACGCCGCGCACCAGGGCCCGGCGCUGGGCGAGUACUUCCCGCGGCCGCGCCGGGAAGCGGGCUACCAGGCUCCCGCGGCGCCACCGGGGCCGCCUCCCGAGGCUCUCUACCCCGCGCAGGCACCUUCCUAUCCCCAGGCGCCCUACAGCUACAGCAGCGCCGGCAGCACCGCCCCGGGCCCGGAGCAGCCGCCCCCGGGCGCUUCGCCGCCGCCGCCCGCCAAGGGCCACCCCGGCCCGCCCCAGCCCCUGCUGCCAGGCCAUGCCCUGCAGCGCCGAUGCGAAGCCGCCCCCACGGCCGGGUCCGGCACCGGGUCCGGCUGCCCGCUGCUGCCCGACAAGAGCCUGCCCGGGAUGAAGGGGAAGGAGCCGGUGGUCUACCCCUGGAUGAAGAAGAUCCAUGUGAGCACGGUCAAUCCCAAUUACAAUGGAGGGGAGCCCAAGAGGUCUCGUACUGCCUACACCAGACAGCAGGUCCUGGAACUGGAGAAGGAGUUCCACUUCAACCGCUACCUGACCAGGAGGCGACGCAUCGAGAUCGCUCACACUCUCUGCCUCUCCGAGCGCCAGGUCAAGAUCUGGUUCCAGAACAGGCGUAUGAAGUGGAAGAAAGACCAUAAACUGCCUAACACAAAGAUGCGCUCCUCAAAUCAGUCCACACUGAGCCAGCAGUCCAAAGCACAGACACAGGGCCACCCACAUCCCCUCGAUGGGGCUACACCCAACGCAGCAGCGCUAUAAAUACGUUUUGUGCUUUUAAAAUAUAUAUAUAUAUAUGUAUAUUUCCCUAUCUAUUGGGGUUCCCCAGCUGCCCCGUGGUGGAGGCUGGCUGUUUGGACCAAACAACUGUGCAAAACAAAGCAGGAAAGGAAGACGAGACGUGCCCAAGAACGGGCACAUGUUUAAACCAAAACCCGGACGAUUGUCUACAUUGUAUAUAGAUAAUGGUUCCAUGCUCAUAAUUUUUUUUCUAUUUAUGGAAACGCUCUUUUGCCCUCGAUGUAAGAGAGGGCUGGAUGCUGUCAAGGACGAAUUCUCUACCUAAGACGGACGCUCUUUUUUUU